AGGAUCAGACUUGUGUAAAUCAUUGAGCAGCCUGUUUUUGCACAGUUCCUUCUGUGUAUUAUAGUGUCUCAGUCUCCAGUUUCUUCUUCUGUUUGGCAGUUCAUGGUAAUGAGAAUAAAAUGCACGUAAUAACCAGAAGCUGUGUCCUAUUGUUCUGGAUGCAGACGCUGACCUUCGUCAAAAGUCUAGAGCAUCUCCCAGAUUGUACACUUCAAGAUUUUCUAAAUGGGCCCUUGUUUGAUUCCAAUUUCAACACAACUGGUCUGGAGGCCCGUUACGUCGCCGGGAAACAAAUAAGAGUGAGCUGCCGUACUGGUUACAGUGGUUUUUUCCAACUGCUCUGUAUCGAGGGUGAAUGGCAGUCGAGAGGCACGAUAUGUAAACCCCAACAGUGCCCAGUGAUCCACGUGAGGGACAACGUGCAGGUGAUCGGGGACCCGGAGGAAGCCAACGUUGGCAACGUUGUUCAAUUCAGCUGCAAGUCCAGGUCGCAGGUCCUGAUUGGAUUACAAGAGCUCAACUGUGAUGAAAAGGGAGAGUGGAGCGGAGAAGCUCCAAUCUGUGAAAUGAUAAGUUGUCCGGUACCUGAGAUUGAAAAUUGCAGAGCGUCUGAAGACGACCAAGAUUACAAGGAACAUGACACCCUGCGUUUCCAGUGCAAUCCAGGAUUCAAGCCCAGUGACGACAGACCCUCAAGAUGCACAAAACUCGGGUUAAGAGCCGGGUGGAGCCCCGCUCCUGAAUGUGAACCGAUAACUUGCAAACUGCAACUGCCGUCACUCUAUGGAACCGAGUAUGACCCUUCUUACAAAAGCGUGUUUUCACCUGGGGACACAGUCACAGUGACGUGUGGACAGAGCCACUGGAUUUCUGACCACCUGCAAGCAUCAGCAGUGGUCUCAUGCAAAGAGGAUGGACAGUGGUCUCUCAGACCCGUUUGCCAAGAGGUUACAUGCAGCAAUCGACGAGAUCCACUUGUUCAUUCGUGGGACGUCUACUGGGGACAACAGAAGAAAUUGGGGGAUGAAGUUAGAUAUGGAUGCAAAUCAGGCUACAAGAGCACGGGUGGUGCCACCAUGGCCAGGUGCACCAGAGAGGGCUGGAAACCAGAUCCACUGUGUCAAGCUCCUCUGGAUUGUCAGCUACCACCGCCUCUUGAAAACGGAGACACCAAAAACUCUGUGAAGUCCAUCUACACACACAAUGAAAGGGUUGAAUACCUCUGUCAGGCUUACCACAUCAUGCAGGGAGGACCCUUCGAAACGUGCAACCACGGUGAAUGGACCGGAGAGAUCAGAUGCCUCAAACCCUGCACUGUGGACGAAGAAGCUAUGAGGACACAUAACAUUGCGUUCAGGUACAGCCGAAAGGAUAAAAUUUAUUUAGCCCACGAUGAUUCGAUCCAGUUCUCCUGCACCAGAGGAAGAACUGUCGGCUCCGUGGGGUUGCGUCAAACGUGCGUGGACGGCGUGCUGCAUCUGCCCUCGUGCCGAUGAAUGAUAAACACUGAGGGGUCGUGAAUCAGUCCGGUCAUAACUACUGGAACUGAUGUACGUCAACGUGCUGUGUGUCAUUUUAAUAUAAGCUGUUCUGCCUCAAAAUGACAAUAAAGUGUGUUGUAGUAUUCCA